AUGAAAAGACAACAACAACAACAACCAUCGAAUUAUGCUCAGAUUCCGAACCAAACCAACACCACCAUGAACAUUAUUCGACAUGGCCAUCAUCAUCAACAUCACCAUCAUCAACAUCAACAACACUUUCUAUUGUGCCAAUACUUUAAUCAUUUGAAUACUCUCCUUCGAUAUUCGUCCCAUCAUCAUUUUGACAGCAAUAGGAACAACAACAACCCCAAUCCGAAUAAUAAGAACAUCAACAACAACUUGAACACCACCACCACCACCACCACCACCAGAACUACUACUACUACUCCUCCUCCUCUUCGGAUCCAAGUAUCUAUUGAAUCAAAUCAUGGUGACAAGUGGAGUGGAGAUUUCGAGAGUGUGGAUGAACAUUUGAAUAUGGAAUUGACAAAUGUUGAAUAUUCACUUUGUGGAGUAUACUCCUCCUCCUCCUCCUCCUCGAAUAGGAUGAGAAAUGUCUCGACUCGAAUUAAGAUGAUCAACACACAUAAUGCAUCUCAUCAUGUCCACAACAGUGAAUUCUCUCAUUUGAGGUUGAGUGGAAAAUUCAUUAAAUACAUUGCAGUGAUGAAUAUGAAUGAAAUUAUUUCACAUCUCAACAACAACCACAAUAACGACAUGAACCCAAUUACAACAUUUGAAUCGAACAACAACACUACUAGUAAUGAUCACUAUGAGCCAAUCGGUAGAGAUAGUUGUGGAGAGGUGAGUCAAGUAUUCAACAAAAAGCUACAAAUUCUCAACUACUACUCGGCUCAAUCCAAACGAAAAAAGAAGAAAACUUCUCAUCAGCAGCGACCAGCCAGGAAAAUCAUUGUAUCCGAUCUUGCCAUCGUUCGAGAUUUUUGA